AUGAAGAUGAUGAAUGGGAUCUUCCGGGAGUACUUGGACGAGUUUGUGAUUAUCUCUAUAGAUGAUAUACUCGUGUAUUCCAAGACCAAGGAAGACCAUGAGAGACAUCUUCGAGCAGUGUUGGAACGCCUGAGGGAACAACAGCUCUUUGCUAAAUUGAGCAAGUGCAGUUUCUGGCAGAAAAGCAUUGGGUUCCUUGGACACAUUGUGUCUGAUCAAGGGGUGUCUGUUGAUCAAGAGAAGAUCAAGUGUAUACGGGAGUGGCCGCAGCCAAAGAACGCGACGGAAGUAAGGAGCUUCUUGGGGCUGGCCAGCUAUUACCGGAAAUUCGUCAAGGGAUUCUCGAGCUUGGCUCAGCCCAUGACCCAGCUGACUGGCAAGGACGUGAGGUUUGCAUGGUCUGAGUCUUGUGAAAAGAGUUUCGCCGCUUUGAAAGACAUGUUGACUAGUGCACCGGUCUAA